AUGUCGUUUGCAACUUUUUCCCCGGAUGCCCUCCCUGAAUCGAUUCGUAUCUGUCCCAUUUGCUCCAAGCCGUUUACCUCUGCGGUAACACUUGAACGCCAUUUGUCGUACUGUCGACGGAGUCGCAACCGUCCCAAGAUCCGAUCCCGCUCUUGCUGGGAGUGUUACCAGGCCAAAUCAAAAUGUAGCUUUGAGAGUUGCUGCGCACGUUGCGUUGCAAAAAAAUUGCAAUGUGUCUACGAGCGACUGCCCGCUGCGUUCCCCUCAACAUCUAACCCAGCUCUUGGACCUGCUAAAGAUGUUGAACAAAAUCGUUCGAGCGAUCAACGUACUUGGUCUUCUAUGACGACUCCAGCCAGCAAUGUUAUUGAUAAAGACGGUCAUCUCGUGCUAGAAUCGGCCGAGCCAUCGAGUGAUGGCGAUGAUGCAAUUCUAACUACGAUUCUUACCGAUGAUUAUACCAGUUCACUGGCGGUACCUUGUAUAAGCACCCCGCCGACAAGUUGUUUCGAGGUCUUCACGAGUACUGGGUUUUUACAGCCGUUGAAAAUGCAUUAUCCACUGGCUCAACAAAGCGCAACAAUGCUCUGGCGAGGAUUGCGCGCGUUCCCCGAGAAAAUGCUGAUAAGAGAAAACUUUCCACCUUUCAUUCACCCUCUCCGGCACUGUCCAACUUUGUCGGAACCUCUGGCUAGAACAAUUGAAUCCGAGCAGAAGCGAUUUCUUGAAGAGGUCCAUAACUAUGCGGAAGACGAUCUGCUGGCGGCCAUGCAAGCUCAUUUGAUCUAUAUAAUAAUGUGCGUCGUUGGCGAGGCCAAACAUUCACAGAACUGGAAUCAAACCAUGCUGUUGACUUUUGAAUUGCUGUCAAAAGCCAUAGCCACUAUCGCCAUCACUGAUAACUUUCGCAUGCUGCCACUUCCGGCGCCUAAGGCUCAGUGGGAGGCACAAAGUGAAAUAGCUUGGGCGCAGGCACUGGAAGCCGGCUACCCCAACAUGUCUACAAUCGGCCAUUUACUAGACGCGCAUCAAUUACCCAGUGAUUCAGGGAAUAUGUAG